AUGCAGCAGCAGGGCGCAUACCUGUUACCGGCCAGUCCCGCGGGCGGUCGUCCGGCCACUGAGUAUCGCCCCAGUGUCAAAAAGGCCGAGGGUCAUGUCCCCGCAUGUCUGGUCAACGCCUCAGUGACGUACUGCAGCAAUGAUCACAUUUAUGCCUUCGGAGGAUUUGACCAAUACACCGACGAAGUGUACAACCACGUGCUCCGACUGGACUUGAACACUCUGCGGUGGGAACUAGUCGAUAACUAUGGUGAUAUUCCCGGCGUUCGCAUGGGACACACCGCCACCUUAUACGAAGGCAACAAAUUGAUUGUCUUUGGCGGUGAAAACGAACACCGCGAAUACCUCUCCGAUGUUGUCAUCCUUGACCUUCAAACCUUCACCUGGGCCCUGCCUGAAAUCCGUGGCUCGAUCCCGCGUGGCAGAGCACGCCACGCCGCAGUUAUUCAUGACGAUAAACUCUUCAUAGUCGGUGGCGUAACCGGGGAGAAUAACAUUAUUUUGGAUGAUUUAACCUACUUAGACCUCCAAACCUGGACUUGGUCUCGAACAUGGAGCUUUACCGCUCGAUUUGAUCAUACAGCAUGGGUCUGGAACAACCGUCUAUGGAUCUUUGGAGGGUUGGGCCCAAAUAUGGAACGAACGACUGAUAUCUGGUGGCUCGAUCUUAAAGGCUCUCCCUCCCUGGCCGGCAUCACACCACAAGGUACCGUGGACUCCCUCGACGAACGAUUGCCCAUGGCUCAUUAUCCAGACUCGAUUUCUAGCCCCUCUACCCAAAUGUCUCCUCGCUCUGGAAGCUAUGCUGCGAACUCUGCCAGCGUUCAGGUGCGCAACUUUGGCCGACGGAAGCCCCUCGCUCCGGGCGCCAUUUCCUGUCUCCGAUUCCAUUCUGGUCCGAAUGUUCCCGCGUUGUUUUCCGGGACCCACUUUCAAUCGUUUGCAUCAGGGGUUCUUCUUGACUUGAUCACCCCAUCCGAGACCGUGCGGGCACAUGAUUGCAAUUUAGCUGCACUGGAGCUCAACUCGCUCCGUUGGCAGCGACUGGCCGAUGGCCAUGAGCUUUUUAGGCCGGGCUAUCGAUGGCACUACUGCACUGUCAAUGAAGCGGGUACAAAGGCAUGGCUGCUGGGAUGCAGUUUAGAUCUGGCAAACACUCCUGGGGCUAGUGACGAGAAUCAUAUGAGUGAAGUCCUGUCAAUUGACUUGGAGAAAUACGGCCUCCUAGGGAAUGAGUUGUCUGCCGAGGUGCCUGAAGAAGAUUCCUUAUGGCCUGACCGAUCUGUUCAUUCUCCUGUAUCGGGUCUGGGAGCCGAUAUUGCCUCUGUCUUUAACCAGCCUCCUGAAUCAAGCGGUGCUGAUUUUAUCAUUACUGCUAUCCGCGAUGAUGAUGACUUUAUGGGCUCAGAUGAAUAUCACGACACCCCUCCUGGAUCCCCAACUCUAUCUCAGCCAGCCUUUGUGGAACCUAAUUCAUCCACCUCAGCACCGAUACACGUGCACAAACUUAUUUUGCAACUGCGGUGGCCACACUUUAAGCGCUUAUAUUCCGCACAAAUGGCGGAGUAUCACACAAAGCGCAUGCACAUCCCUGAGCCAUACUCAGUUGUUCGUGCGUUUCUAUAUUACCUCUACACAGAUAGCAUCGCUGGGCCUCCCGAGUUCUGCUCCAGCGUGGUUGACGUGGCUGGGAUGUUGGUAAUGGCUAAUCUUUAUGAUAUACCUAAGCUUCGUCUUCUUUGCGUGAACCGCCUCAGUCGUGAGCUGGACGUAGACAAUGCUGCCAUUGUCUGGGAACGGGCCGGAAGAACCAAUGAGCGCUGGCUAAUGCGACGUGCGGCCCAGUUCUGUCUUGCCCACUGGGGUCGUAUAGUGCGUUCAGAUGCCUUCAAGUCACUGAGCCACCAGAGUUUGAUUGAGCUCUGCGAGGUCGUGGAUACCGAAGGCCGCAUCAUCGCAGGCCCAGAACUGGAAAUGGUAAGCUCCCUUGGCGACGAUUCAUGCGACCGGGACGGGAAAGGUCGCUUGGGAUUAGGGUCUGCAGCGGACGAAAUGUCUGAGCUUGAUGGAGAUGAUGAAGGAAUGGAAAUUUCAUGA